AUGGGGAAGCAUGCCUCUCAGUCUGGCGUGAGCAUCCUGCCUAGCAGGCUGGUGCGCGAACAUGCCAAAAGCUGCAAAAAAAAGGGCAAAUGCUCCUUGUGCUGUUGGAAAGCCAAAAUGGAUAAGUGGCAGGCAGAGAAGAAUUUCAGACCUUGGCUUGCGGUGUCAUUGCGUCCGCGUGUGGGUGUGGGGUGCAAGACUUGCGCAGACAGCAAAUCCCAGACGCCAUGGGGCCAAUUUGAAAUCAAUCCACGGUCUUUGAAAAUGCAACAGGUCGAGAAGCACGAAAAUUCUCAAGUCCACAAAGUGGCGAGCGAAAGGUGCAGCAAUGAAGAAGAUUUAUUGCUGGCUCCUCCAAUGUCUGAAUUCUUAGAUGCCUAUGAAAACAUGCGGAAGGGAGGGAGCGCAAGGCAACAAGGAGUCUCUUCUGACAGGAAAUCUAGGAUCAGAUACUGCAUUGCCGAAGCGGUGAUCCGCCGAAAUGCCCAGUUCUUGAGAUCUGCUUCUUCAGUGGCUUUGCUUAGGGAUGAGCGAAAAGGCCGGCUUCUGCUGCGGUUUCGGGCAGCCCAGGCUGACUUGUCAACCUUGGAUGGGGUGCUGGGGCUUGUUGACACUGAGCCUUCUUCAGAGCAAUUGGCUGCUGCCACCACGCACGCCUUGAAAGUUUUCUGCCAGCCCUUCACAGCAUUGCCCCGAGGAAGCAAAGCUGUGGCCAAGCCUUACGACCGCGCGCUGCAGAAAAACUUGAAGGACAAGAUUCAGAUCUUGACCACCGACAAUGCGUCAUCAGAGAUGCUGGCGUCGCAGCAACUACGGGGGGCCCGCCCACAUGCCACUCCAGGCGGUCUUGCAACCAAAGCAGCUUUGCCCAAUGUGAAGUUGGUUGCGAAGGACAGUGCCCACUCUUCAACUAGAGUCUUGAAGAGGCCCUUCGCAAAGCAUCCUCACAUCAACUCUGUCAUGUGUGAGCUGGUCUACAAUUCUGAAAGCUUUUGCCAGAAAAUUUUCCACUCCCCUCUCUAUUCCAAGUGGUGGAAGGAAGUGACAGCGGAGGAAGAUGAAGAGGGACCAGGCCAGUCUGCCAGAGUGACCUCCAUGUGUUCAGCCAAGCACCGCUUUGCCAGCUACUACCAACCUUUGAGCAGGCUCAUCAAGAACCUCCCGGCGGCAGUCAAAUUGAUGCAUCGCAUCAGUUCCAUGCGGGCCGGGCAAGAUAAUGGCCAGUGGGCUGGGAAGACACUGGCCACUUUGAAUGGUGAAAAAUUGUUGCUCCUUGGCAUGUGCACGGAUGCUUCAGCUUCAUGUUUGGAGUUUACCCGGUACAACGACCAAGAAGGGAUGGACAUUUCUCAGUUGACCAAUGAAGUGGCUGCCCUCGUGUCGCAGCUUCGCGUGCAGUUUGAAGAUGGACAAUGCUUCCACUUGCCCACCUACACUAAGAGCUGCCUUGAUUUUCUGGAAGGCAACCCUCCGAUGAUGGUGAUGCAUGGCGGCGAUGCCCGAGAGCUCCGUGUUGAUCAGGCAGCCAAGACACGCUGCUUGAAGGAAUGGGUGGCAGCUAUGGAGGAAACUUUGGCUGCGGAAUUUCCGGCUUGGCAUGUCUUGCAAUGCUUCGACAUCUUUGAGCUGACACAGCCUCAGAGCCGACCUGACCUGAGCAAGCAGUUCGCCACUUUGGCACAAGCUUUCCAAGUGAACGAGGAGAAGCUCAAGGAGCAAUACAUGGCAUUGAUGCCUGUGGCCCAAUCUUUGCAGCGCAGGACAGACAUGGACAAUCGCAGUGCAUGGCGACAGGCGCUUCAACGGAAAAAAGGAGCUUCCAAACGCCACGGUGGCUACGAGUGCGAUGCCUUGUUGGAGGUGCUCAGCGCAUACCAAGCAUGGACAUGUUCCACUUCCGGUGUGGAGCAGUUGUUCAGCAAGGUCAAGCGCUCUCCCAUCGAGAAUGCCAACAGCUCUGCAGAUACGGACCGGCGACUAGCCAUUGUUAUGGGUGACACCAGUCAAGGCCAGGCCCUCGAAGAUUUGCUGCAGCAAGGCCGUCUCUUCUACGUUCAGAUGUUACCAUCAGCCCAGUCUUGUGAGCACAAGCAUGAAAGAUUGGACAAGGGCAUCGCAAAACCCGACACUGACCGGACCCAGGGAUCAGAAGCCGAAUGGGUUCGAAACAGGAAAGCGGCUGUGAAGGCUGCCGUGGCACGAAAAGUUGCCACUCCUCAGGCCAAAUUGGCGCAUGGCAGUCUGCCUGAAUCUCUCCAAGAAGAAAUCAAGCGUCAGCAGGCUUGGGCCAAAAGCGGAAAGCGGAGGCUUACCGCGAUGGACUUUUGA